AUGUCAAAGGACACCAAGUCCAAUCUACCCGUCUACCGGCCUAAUGGCCGCGGGAUUGGGGUUGUUUUCGAGAAUAUUACUGUGAAGAGUGAGGGUAACAAACAGCGAACCGUUUUCGACCUACUGGAGCUUCUCAAAACUGUUAUUUACACCCCGGUUUCCAUGAUCUUUCACGUGUUGGGACGCCAAUCCAAUGCCACAUCAACCGUCAUCAUUGACGAUAUUACUGGAGUUAUCUUCCCUGGAGAAACGAUGCUUGUCCUAGGUCGACCAGGAUCCGGAUGCACCACAACGCUCAAGGUUAUCGCCAAUGACCGAGAAUCUUUCAAGGAGGUUGGUGGAAAGCUUCAAUACGCCACUAUUCCUGCCGCCCAAAUGACCGGAUCGCUCAAGUCGGAGGUUGUUUAUAACUCUGAGGACGAUAUCCAUUUUCCAACAUUAUCCGUUCAUGAUACCCUCGACUUCGCCCUACGGUUGCGGAAGCCGGCGACGGAAAAUACCACAAGUGAUCGUGAAUUUUCUGAAGACUUGAUUGAGAGAUUGCUCUCAUCGCUUGACAUGCUUCAUGUUAAGGGCACAAUUGUGGGCGAUUCAUUCAUCCGUGGAGUCUCUGGUGGAGAACGCAAGCGUGUGUCCCUGGCCGAGGCCUUGACAGUCAACUCAGCUGUCUCAUGCUGGGAUAACCCCAUCCGAGGGCUGGACAGUUCUUCCGCUUUCAAAUACCUGCGUCUUCUGAAGGCCAUCUCUCAGGAAACCGGAAUGGCCAAUAUCGUCACCAUAUACCAAGCCUCGGAAUCGAUGUUUCAUGAGUGCUUUGACCGCACACUCCUGUUGUACGAUGGACGUAUGAUCUUCUGUGGACGGAUAGAAGAAGCGAAACAGUACUUCAUCGACCUGGGCUUCUACUGCCCAGACCGACAGACAACGCCAGAUUUCAUUACGGCCGUGACCUCCCCAACCGAGAGGCAAAUUCGGGAAGAUUAUGAUGGCCCACUGUAUCUCAACAAAGACUCUCUCGCUGCAAAGUUUCGCGAGAGCCGCCAUUUCAAGCAACUCCAGGAUGAUAUCACAUCCUAUUACCAAACAAUCGGGGGAGACUCCACGCGGGAGAUCGCCCUGCGUGAUGAUUUGCAGAACGUCCGAUCGAAAUACACGCCCACAAACUUUCAAGCGACCAAUUCCAUUUGGAAGCAGGUCAUGGUGUCAACUAGGCGAUACUACCAACUGUUUUGGGGUGACCGGAAUACUUUCUUUACGAUUCUCGCUCUAUGCGUCGUGAAUUCAGUCAUCACGGGUUCGGCAUACUACGAUGCUCCCAAAACUGCCACCGGAUCUUUUGAGCGAGGUGGUGCUCUUUUCUUCUCUAUCGUCUACUUCUUUUUGAACGCAAUGACAGAACUUGUCAAGACCGUCAAUUCGCGGUCCAUUCUUCUAAAGCAGCACAAGAUGGGCAUGAUUCACCCAAUCGCCUACGUCGUUACACAGACACUGGCUGAUAUGCCGUUGGCACUUAUCCAAUCUCUUCUUUUUGCCUGUUGUUAUUACUUCCUGGUAGGGUUGACACAGACUGCCUCGCAGUUCUUUAUAUUUGUCCUCAUUGUGUUUGUUCAUUAUUCAGCCGUGUCAAGUCUAUUCCGAAUGCUGGGUGCAUGGUCACCUACAUUAAAUUUUGCUCUUCUUCUUGCUGGAAGUGCGAUGCCAGUUGCAUCUUUAUACUCGGGUUAUGCUCCUCCUGUGCCAACAAUGCAUCCCUGGGGUUCUUGGAUUCGUCGGAUUGCUCCUACACCCUACGCCUUGGAAGCGUUGAUGGGUAACGAGUUUUACGCUAUCACGCUUCAUUGUACGGAGUCUCAGCUUGUCCCAUCGGGUCCUAGCUACGGUGAUAUUCGCUACCAGGGCUGCCCCAUGGCCGGUUCAAAGAUCGGCUCCGCAGACGUUGCAGGAUCGGUCUAUUUGGAAGACAUCUAUGCUUUUUCAAGAGCUCACUUAUGGCGGAACUUCGGUAUUAACCUUGUGAUGUGGUUUCUUUACACUCUUUUGGCCGCCAUUGGGCUUACAAUCCUGACCAAGGACAACGGCAGUUCAAGCGGGCCUGUCUUUAAGCGUGGCGCCAAGAUUGCACUUGGGAGAAUCGUGGAAACCCCGUACUCGGAUCCUGAAAAGCAACCUGUCUCCCAGCCUCAGCCUGCAUUUGAUGAUUCAACUUCCUCGACAGUCAACAAUAGUCUUGCCUCACCCUCUGACAAGGAGCUCAGUGAAUCAAAAGAGAACCCCGUCAAUUUCACUUUUUGUGGAGUGAACUAUUUCGUUCCUGUCGCCAGUCAGCAGAAACAAUUGCUGGAUGAUGUCUAUGGCUACGUGAAGCCUGGCCAAUUGACUGCUUUGAUGGGAGCAUCGGGUGCCGGUAAAACCACUCUUCUUGACAUCCUAUCCCAGAGGAAGUAUCAAGGCACUGUCGAAGGACGCAUCCUUCUGAACGGCUCUGAACUCGAGCCGUCAUUUGCACGAUCCUGUGGAUUCUGUAUGCAACAGGAUGUCCACGAAUGUUCAACAACAGUGCGAGAGGCUCUUCAAUUCUCCGCCCACCUGCGCCAAUCUGCCCAGACACCAGAAUCCGAGAAAUUGGCAUACGUGGAACAUGUCAUCUCCUUAUUGGAAUUGGGAACGAUCGCGGAUGCCUUGGUUGGAGAGGCUGGCGAUGGUCAUCUGAACGUAGAGGAACGAAAGAGAGUGACGAUUGGAGUGGAAUUGGCCGCAAAACCUUCUGCUUUGUUAUUCUUGGAUGAGCCUACCUCUGGACUCGACAGCCAAGCGGCUUUCUCCAUUGUGUUCUUCCUUCGCAAAAUUGCUGCAGAGGGUAUUCCAAUUGUCUGCACAAUCCAUCAACCCUCCGGUAUGCUCUUUGAAAUGUUCGACCACGUUCUUCUGCUGGCAUCCGGCGGUAAGACUGUGUACUUUGGUGAGACUGGUGAAAACGCGCAACAUGUUCGUGAUUAUUUUGCCAAGAAUGGUGCGAUCAUGGGUAAAACCGACAACCCAGCUGAAUUCAUCAUUUCUACGGUCGCUGUUAAGCCUGAAAAUGGCGGCCAUGAUUGGGUGCAAACCUGGAAUGAUUCACUUGAGCGUCAGGUGAUUCUCGACCGAAUCUCGCGUCUGAACGAAGAAUCAGCUUCCUGGAUACGACAAACUUCGGUUGACAAGGACCAGCAAUUUGCGCUUUCCCUCUGGCACCAGACCAUUGCCGUCACCAAGCGACACUGGACUGCGGUCUGGAGAAACGGUCUUUACAAUUUCAGCAAAUUGUUCAAAAGUAUCUUCUUCGAACUUUUCAUCUCUUUCACAUUCUUCAAACUAGGAUGUGAUAUCCAAGGCCUGGAGAAUCAUAUGCUCGGUAUCCUUCUCAUUGUUUGGAUUAUACCUGCGGUCGCCGCGGACAUUCAAGCUGUCUGGUUCGAGAAAUGGGCUAUUUUCGAGGCGCGAGAGCGUAAUGGCAUCUAUGACUGGAAGGCUCUCCUUAUUGCACUAACAGUUGUGGAAAUUCCCUGGAAUCUCGUCAACUACACAGUCAUUUUCCUUUGCUCCUACUGGACAAUGGGGUUUACAAACACACCCGCUAUUGCUGGAUUCGUGUAUUUCAUGUACCUCCUGUUAUCUGUAUUUGCAACCGGUUUCUGUCACUUGAUGGCCGCCUUGUUCCCAAAUGCAACAAUGGCCGGAUACGCCAACUCGUUGUCCUGGGUUGUCCUUAUGAUGUUCUCAGGCAUCCCUGUGCCACACUCCGCAUUGAAUGAUUUCUACCGUCCGUGGUUGUUCUGGGCCGAUCCAAUGCGCUACUUCUUUGGAGCCACUGUUUCCAGCGUGCUACAUGAUGUGAAGGCACACUGUGCGGAGAGUGAUCUGGCAACUUAUGACCCUCCCACUGGUCAGACUUGCUAUGAAUACACGGCGAGCUAUAUGAAUCAGAACCCUGGAUACCUGAUCAAACCGAAUGCCACUACAUUGUGUGGCUAUUGUAGUUACUCGGUCGGAGAUGAUUACUCCAGCACUUUAGACUUCUUUUACUCCGAGCGUUGGAGAGAUCUUGCAGUUUUCCUAGGGUUCUGCCUCACUACCAUCACUCUGGUAUUCUUCGUCACUUGGAUUACAAGGGUCAAAAUGCGACAAUGGAGACGUUAG